UACCAAGUCGGUCCGUGUCCCCGUGUUAUUUAAAGCCAGAGAUCCUCCCUCUCGCCGAGCCACUGUGUUGCAUCUGUCUGCCUCGCCGCUUGUGUGUCUGGGUGCGUGUGUGGAUGAGAGUGCGCUAAAAAACCCAGGCAGCCAGUGGGAGAGCUAGAGAGCGAGGGAGAGAGGCACGGGGGAAAGGCAAAAAUCAUCCAAGAAGGGAGAAGGAACGGGAGUGUGAGACAGCUAUGAAAUUCAUCCAAGCUAUUUGCUUACUGCUUCUCUGUCCAGCUCUGAGCCUCAAUACCAGACAAAGUUACGAUGGGCUGGAAAAGAAGCUAAAGGAAGUCUUCACUGAACGAAGCAGCAUUCUGCACCAGCUCUCCAAGACUUCAAAGGAACUGGACAGCAUAAAAGGCAACCUUCAGUCGCUGAAAAAUGAUGACACAGUAGCCAAGAAAGAUGUGCAGAGGAUUUUGGAGCUGAGCCACAAACAGAGAGAGGAGAUGAAGUCCCUCCAGGCAGCCUUGCAGAAGCAGCUGGAUGAGGCAAAUGAGAAAGCGGAGAAGCAGCAGGCCACGAUUAAAUUUCUUAAAGUGGAGAUGGAGAAAAAAACCAAAAUCAUCAAGGAUUUACAGCAAGAGAACAAGAGCUUGAAAAACAAGCUGCUCUCGGGGAACAAACUUUGUGAUGCCUAUGCUGAGGAGUCCAAAAAAAUCCAGGCUCAACUGAAAGAACUGCGGUACGGGAAAAAGGAUUUAAUUUUUAAGGGGCAGCAGCUAAUGGACUUGGAACACAAGUUAACUGUGGCCAAGGAAGAACUGGAGAAGACUGCGCUGGAUAAGGAGUCUCAGAUGAAGGCGUUGAAGGACACAGUUCACAUCUGCUUCUCAGCCGUCCUGCACAACCAGCCCAGCAGCAGUCACAGAUUUCCCACCUCCCCCACCCACUUGUUCAGAUACUCAUCGCUCAUCAACAGCUCUAGAGUCACCUUUCAACAGCCACAUGCCAAGGAUAUCUCCAAAGUUCAGAGAAUUGUCACUGCCAGUAAAUCACCCAUGAACGUCAGUGUCAUGAGGAGAGAGAAUGGUGGAGCCAAAGAGUGCCAGAUGGAAAAGACUGGGAGUGACUGCUUCCAGAAUCAGACGGAGGAAUCAGCUCCAGAAAGCAGAAAGCUACCAGAGCAACAGCAGGAAAAGAGCCAAGUGCAGAGUGGAAAAUUCAACACAAAGCCCACACACGACAAUGACGAGGCAGAGGGAGGCAGCAGCAAAAAGACAAAGCCCCAUAAAUACAACUGAGAGGACGGCAUAUCAACGGGAGCACAGAUCUACUGCAUUGCCUGAAGGAUCUUUCUAAGAGCACAUACUCGCACACUUCUACAAAACGCAUGCACACACACACACAGAGACACACACUCACUUUUUCGACACACAUGCACACAUGCGCAUAUCAGCAUCGUUAGCAAGAGCUGAGACACUGGAAUUGUCAACAAAUUUCAAACUGUCAUCUAAAAAAACCUCCAUAGAAAAAUGGCAUGCGUUUAGAAAUUUUUUUCAAAGGUAGCAAUGGCACUGGUAACUUGUUUCAUGAUCGUUCAUUUGUUGUUUACUUAUCUGAGUUUUGUUCCGAGUGAGGACACUGCUUUCUAAAUGUGUGAUCUUUCUAGAAAAUCCCUUUGCACUGGUGAGGUCUGACACUGUAUCCUGUGAUAAGUAUAUCAAUUGACAAAUAAAAAAGUACUCCUACCACUACUAUUACUACUACUACUACUACUACUACCCAACUUAGAAUAUUGUUUGUCACUCAUUGUAGCAAGGUUAAUUUACUCCUCCACAUUUUGAAAUAUAGAGGCUCAAGUUGGCUGGCCAACUGUUCAACAUUUAAUAUUUCAGCACUCUUUCUGCCUUUAACACUCCAGAGGCAAAGAGCCAAAGACUCACAAUGGGUCGUCUCCCUGAGAAUGUGCCAUGCACUGAGUAGUAACUCCUAGCUACAUGUAUCUGUGUUAUCUGACCUUUCUGUGUCCUUUCAAUAAACUGUAAUUUUCAGUAAAUGUGUGAAGAAUAAAUGGUUAUUUGUGGGAAAGAAAUUAGUGAGUAUGUUUGUGAUUAACGGCAGAAAACAUUUCGUAUUGCAAAGAAAGUUCUGGUUUCACGCCCUGUGAAUAUGAACUGCUCGAGGUCGUGGGAGACAUCGGUUGAUAUAUUUAAUUGGUUAUCGAAACAGUGUAUGUACCUUUUGGAUUAUAAACAUCUAAUAAUAAAUAUGAACAUAUUUAUAUCAAAAAAGCGCACUUGAGGUUUUCUUCAAAGAAAUCCUACAGCUUUAUUACUCAUAGCCAAAAAAGGGGUUUUUUUUAAAGUAACUUUCCCAUGGACAGUUAUGUCUCAAGCACAAAUGUGGCUGGGUAAAAAUGGAUUUAAAUUCAAUAAAGCUGUGCUUAUGUUAAGCCUUAGUGAUUUCACUUUCAAUAUAAAUCAGAAAAUAGGGGAGGGGAAACAAGAAAAUGAAAACAACUGAAAGUUCUCAUGAGGUUCAUGAAAACAGCCAGAGUUACACAAAGAAGCUUGUAAACAAAGAGGAAUAGUAGAAUUAAGACGUGCAAUAUAUAUUUUAUAAAAGCCACCGCCAACAUCUCACUGUCUCAUCAGUCAUGGUAUGCAGUGUCAUUUUACAGUAUCGACUAUGGUAUAUCGCUGUCAGCAUUUCAAAAGCUUCCACAUGUUAAGCAUCACUCUCAAAUGCUCAUACUAUAUUGUUAACUAUAAAAGCACAUCUGUGGCUCCUUUAAGGGCUUUGGAAGCUCACAACUGUGUUAAGCAGCUUUAUGGUCACAGCAUCCCCUUCAUGUGAUACUUGGCUAUCAUCACCGAAUACAACAGUGACCGUGCUGGAAAAUGUUAGCCGACAGGUGGAGAAUGCUAUUUUAAGACGCACAAUCCAUCUUUUCUGUAAGUUUGACAGCUUUUCCCAGGUCGACUCUGUGUCUUGCUGAGAAGAGAAGAAAAGAAAAGGACCACUGCCAGGAUUAGGAGACCAAGGGUGCAUCCUGCUAAUGGUGACAUUACACCUCGGAGCCAACUGUUUCCAGAACAUUGGAAAGAAGAACUAUGGUAAAGUUUUCCUAUCAGACAGACAAGCCUGAGGUUUGAUCAAAGUGGCAUUGGAGUGUCUCUGUCAUAUUCUUUUUACUGCCUCCUAUUCACUGCUGAUAAUGAUGUAUUUUUCAAGGACAAAGAGUCAGAUUUCAUUCGUUGCUGACCUAGACAGGGAACCUAUUCUUACAUCCAGCCAAAGAGAACUGUUCAAUGUGAAUACAAAGUAUUGACUGCUGUAAAGUUAAUACAAAUUUACUUUACUGGGUAGAGAUGUUGUAAGAGAUUAUGAAAUAAAGGUAAUGGAAUCCCACACAGUGUUAGCAUUAAGCUUUGUCCUUGAGUUCGCUACAUUCUUUCUAGUUAACAAAGCUUUAUACAAUUAAAAAAACACAUCACUGUAAGACAAGACUGUUAAAAUAUAACUCUUUACAAUCUUUGAUUUUCUAGGCUAUAGAUGCCAACCUAGAAAUUCUUUUUAAAAGCACCAGUGUUGGGGUUAACAAAUGAAACUCUGAGACCAUAAUGCAGGUUGCAGGUCCAGCCUGUCUGUGGAACUUGUUUUUCCUCCGUUUGUUGAAAAUGUGCAGAUACCAUUUGCCUGCUGGCUUUUGUUUACAUGUCCCCAAUCAUUGGAACAAAUGACGCUGCAGCAGGCCUAUUGUUGUACCUGCAAUAACAGUGGUCACUCCAUAUUUUGCUGUUUAAAAAAAUACACCAUUUUCAAAAUAAGCUGCCAGCAUAUUUAAACUACAUGGACUAUUGAUUUGGGUCUAUGGGGACCCCUACAGUAAUUCAUUUGACCCAAUAUAAAACAGCUUAAAUAAACACACAGUCAAGCAGCCCUGAGACAUCAUUUCUCCAGUGUGUCCAGGGUAAUACUCAUGGACUUCUUCCCAGUAGGUCUGAAACACCUCUCCAAGGAGGUGCUUGUGAGGCAUCCUGGUGAGACACCUGGACCACCUCAAAUGGAUCCUUUUGAUCUUGGAGGUAUCCUUCCCAAAAUACCAGUGUUCUCACCCUGUUUUUAAGGCUUAGUCUAGUCACCACUGAGAGGAAGCUUAUUGCAGCUGCUUCUAUCUGCAGUGUCAUUCUUUCUGUCACUACUCAGAGCUUGUGACUAUAAGUGACAGUAGGAACAAAGAUCGACCUGUAAGACUGACAGGUUCACAUUCACACUCAGCUGAUGCUGUGUUAAUCCAUCUGUCAGUCUUCUAUUCGACUCUUCACUCACUUGUGAACAAUAUUCCAGAAUACUUGAACUCCUCCACUUGGGGUACGAGUUAAUUCCCGAUCUGGAGUGGGCACUUCGUUUUCUGAGACCCAGAGCCUCAGACUCAGAGGUGCUGACUCUCAUCCCAACCAUUUUACAGCUGGCUGCUAAUUGAUCCAUUGCUGUAGGACAGGGAACCUAGAAAUUCUGCCCAUAAAUAUUAUAAACAGACUCACUGACAAAGGGGAACAUGGUGGAGAUCAGCACACACUAGGAAUGAAUCUGACUUAUUGCUGACAGUUCAAACUAAGUUCUCACUAUACUGUGGUUCUACAAGGAUUGUAAAUAAUGUGUAAUGUUUCUUCUUUAAAAAAUAGGACCUAACUAUUGGGCAAACACUGAGUAAAUAAAUAGUUCCAUAUUCACCAGGUUUUUUUCAGGUCCUCUUGUUCCCAUGUUCUCUUAUAAGUUGCUUAUAAAAGAUGGGUGUAGCUGCUGUAAUGUGAACCCUGUUUUCUCAACAUUACCAUUUUCUACACUAUUAUACUGUUUUUUGGGUGCGGAAUAUUUUGGCAACUGAUUGGAGGAUACAUACUAGCAUGGCAAGUACACUUUUUAUUCUAUAUUUUUUGGAUAGUGCAUCCAAAGUCUGUAUGGGUGCAUUACACAAAUGCCAAUACACUUCUUCCAUGUCAGCAAAUAAUCACAGAUUAUUGAUCACUGGACCUAAGAGCUGGGAAACUUGGAAACUAGGAGCUAUGAGAAACCCCCGAAACACAAAAAAAACAGGAGCACGAGAGUCCAGAACCAAACCAAAAACAGGCCAACACAAAACAAGACCAUUCACGAGUCCACGGUAAAGUCCGGGGGUCGACCAUGCACACAGCAACGGCGGCG